AUGCCAAAUGAAAUUAAAAUGAUUAUUUUUCAAUAUGUCAGGUUCCCAGCAAAUUUAGCUGUUAGUCAUAGGGAUUGGUCAAUUUUUGCUAGAGACCCUCAAGUGAGAGCAGGAUGGAUUAUUUUACAAUAUGGACAAAUAUAUUGCCUUUUUCACGCAGUUAGAUUAGGUCCUAAAUUUAUUAAUGUUAAAGUAGCACGACAAAUUAUUAUUAAAGGUGGAUUCCUUACAACAUAUUUGGCUAAAUGUCUUCUUAUGCAUUACGGAAAUUAUCGUUAUGAUAAAAAAUUAAUUGAAAUGAGGAAAUUUGAAAUCAACAAAUUACAACUUUCUGUUUUUACAUUAUUAUUUGAUAGUUCACUUUUAAAAGGAAAUAAUAUGAAGAAAUUUUAUUAUCUUCCGGUGGACCUCAAACGAUUAAUGAUGCGUCAAACACUUUAA